AUGCUGGAGCUGGAUUUCGUCAAGACGUACCUCAAGUUGAUCCUGUUGUCGUCGGAUAAGCCCGCCGACCAGUUCUUCUCCACCAGUGACUACAACCAGUUGCCACUGUUGGGCCCCAGCUUGCCGUUGCUCCGCUUCCCCUUCCCCAAAGACAACCAAGCCACGAAUAAAAACGAACAGGACCGUCACGUCAAGGUCAGUUUCAAGCUGAUCAAGCCGCCGUUCAAGUUUUCCGCCGAGGUCGACACCCCGGCGCACGUCCUGGUUUUUAGAGUGAAGCAGAUGUUGAUUGAGCUGGUUCCGGCUCUUAAGGAGGCUGGCGUGGCUCCGCAGGACUUGAAAGUGUUGAUUAAGCUGAAAGUGGUCAGUGACCUGGCCCAGUUGCUGCUGGUAGUGGCUGACGAUGCUGAUUCUGCCAGUGCGACGGUAAUGGUAUCGGCGCCGGCAGCAUCGGAAAAGUCGGAGGUGUCGGAAGAGAAAACCGCGAAAGCCACUACCGACGCUACUACCGUCACUCCAGCCACGUGGACAAAGAUUCAACAAGCGUUAGCCGCUGACGUUGGCGAAGCGCAAGCCACUCAACUAGUGGUUAAGUUCAAGGCUGCUAUUUAA